CUUGACGCCAUUAGCCACCACCAUUCACAAGAUCGAUCGACUAGUCCAGCUUCAAGGUCCAGAGAGCCCCUCCUCUACCUCUCGCCCUCGCUAUAUAUAGACACGGCAGCCAGCCAUCGACUGCUCACUCCAAUUAAACACCAUCCCCUCCCUGCAAACAUCCGUCUAUACAGUACAGGCAUCCAUACAUACGGCCGAGCUCCAUCCCCUCCCCUCCAGUCCAAGUCCAAGCUAAGCUAGCCAGUCUGGGGGGAGAGAAUUGCUGGCUGUGGCCGAGAGAGAGAGAGAGGUGAAGGAGGAGGAGAGAAUUGGAAGGGGAGGUGAGGAUGGGGAUGCGGCCUGGAUGGGUGGGUGGGCUGGUGGAGGAGACCUUCUUCGUGGCGUGCGAGGCGCACGAGAGCCGCAAGAAGAACGAGAAGAACAUCUUCUGCCUCGCCUGCUGCACCAGCAUCUGCCCGCACUGCGCCCCCGCCCACCGCCACCACCCGCUCAUCCAGGUGCGGAGGUACGUGUACAACGACGUGGUGCGCCUGGACGACCUUGAGAAGCUCAUCGACUGCUCCUUUGUUCAGCCCUACACGAUUAACAGCGCCAAGGUGAUCUUCCUGAAGCCGAGGCCUCAGUCCAGGCCCUUCAAGGGCUCCGGCAACAUCUGCCUCACCUGCGACAGGAUCCUCCAGGAGCCCUUCCACUUCUGCUGCCUCUCCUGCAAGGUGGAUCAUGUCAUGAUGCAGGGCGGCGACCUGUCCAACAUCCUCUACGUGUCCGGCGAGCCCGACGUCGCCUGCUUCCCGAGGUUCGAGAACCUCCGCGUCGGCGGCGGGUCGGCGGACCUCCUGGACGACGUGGACGUCGCGGGCGGGCAGAUCACCCCGAACUCCAUCCUCGAGGUCUCGCUGCACCACCACUACGGCGGCGGCUCCAGCAACAACCGUAGCGGCGGCGGCAGCAGCCGAAAUGCGCGGGGCUUCGAAGCGGCAGCCGGCGCCGACGUGCCGAGGAAGAAGAAGUCAGGGGGCUUCUUCCCCCAGAUCGUCAUGUCGCUCAACAACAGGAGGAAGGGGGCGCCCCACAGGUCCCCGUUCGCAUGAUCGAUCAACGCAUGCAUGCAUGGAUCGCUACCUAGUACAGUUCGAUCAUCCCCCCCUAUAUAUGUGUGUUCAUUACUAGCUACUAAGUAGUAGUACUAUUAGCAGUACCUAGCUACCUUAAUUGUAAUCCUAUGAUUAGUCAUGUAGAGAGAGAAACAGAAGGUUUGAUGGUGAGAGGGAGAGACGGUCUUUGCUGGUAGGGUCAGGUCAUCUUAGGGCAGUGUUUUGAGAAGACUUGAGAGGAGGAGGACAGAGAGGGGGAGAGAGAGAAAGAGCAGCAGAGAGAGAAGAAGCUAAUUAGCCUGCUUGCAACUUCCCCCGUUACAGGACUAGGUGGGCACGGCGGCCUGUUGGGGCGCCUGAUUCAGGGUGCCCCAAGAGGUGCGUGGCCACCAAUUUUGUACUUGAUGUAACGGGGGUCACGGUGCAGGCGCAGCUUACACUUCCAUGACUAUAUAUAUAUUGUCCCCACAUAUAUGUAACAAUCAAUAAUAGUGCUGUGUUGUCAA